CCCAGCUGAGCGAGUCGACAGCCAUCCUUGCAACAACAGUCUUUUUUUUGUUGUUUUUGUGAUCGCUAUACCAAUUCCAGCCUUCCCCUCAAAGCCAUGGCUGUCGAACACACCAGAAGGACUGAUCGCCUAUUGAUAUAUCUCAAUUACAAAUAGGAGAGAGUCAUUUUUAAAGGUUGACGGGGGAAAAGAAAGGUUGGGAUCUAGUCGGGAUCGGGAACAAAUUUUGGGAAAAAAAUAUAUUAAUAAUAGAUCGUCGAGUCACCUGCUUUUUGUACAUAGGAUUUGAUGAUAAGAAAGUUUAGAAAAAAUAAAAAAUACCAUUACUAUGGUUGAUUUACAAGUUAUAUGUUAGCUUUGGGUCUUUGAUCUCUCGUCUGUUUUUGUUUUUCUAAAUAUAUUUCUCACCUUGUGAUUCUGAAAAGGAAAAAUUAGAAAACGGAAAAGAAAGGUUUCUUCUGUUUGCUUCACAUGUUUCCACAUCGCCUUCCCUUCAUUCCAAGUUAGUCACAGUCUGUUCCGUCUUUGAAGUUUACAUCGUUAAGUUCACCAAUCGUGGAAGUCCAUAAUUUGCUGAAGAUGUGUUGACUUAUCGAGUCCAAAGAGUAGGACUCGGCCGCCUCUCACCACCCCAUUGGAGCACGUAAAAAGGCCGUCAGGAGGAACAACGUGUGGAUUAUGAGCAACAUGGUAAAGGCGCGGAACUACGACAAAGAUGGAUUUGUCAAGCGUGCAGCAUGUAUAUGCGUCAAUGAGGAUGAGAGCCAGGUGCUGCUGGUGUCAUCCCGUCGAGAUUCACGCCUGUGGAUAGUCCCAGGUGGAGGGGUGGAACCGAAUGAGCUGCCGGACAUCGCUGCCACCCGGGAGGUCCGCGAGGAGGCGGGUGUGUGCGGUAUGCUAGGCCGAUGCCUGGGGGUGUUUGAGAACUCUGAGCGGCGUCAUCGGACAAGUGUAUACGUUCUUGUGGUCACAGAAGAAAUGGAGGAGUGGGAUGAGUCUAAGGUGUUUGGGCGGAAACGCAAAUGGUUUAGUGUGGAGGAAGCGGUGGAGGAGCUGGCCAAGCACAAACCGGUCCAGAGCAGCUAUGUGAGCCUCCUCCUGCCCAAGGCAGCCAGGGACCACACGUGCCCCCUCUCCCCGUCCUCCUGCCAGCCAGGCAUCGCUUCUUCUCACAUCCCUAGUGUCAUCCUGCAGGAGCGAACAGACCUCAUGGUGGAGGCAGAGACGAAGGAAGAAGCAGAAAGAGAGGAGGUAGAGGAGGAUGGUCUGGAGGAUGGAGAGCUCAUCAAGAUGGGCGGGUGCUCGGCCGAGGACCUCAGCAAUGGCUCAACGCCAGAAGAUGGUGCCAAUGACACCUAAAAUCACCCCUUUUCCACCUUGUUCAUUUGUCAUAAGAAUGUUUUCACCUCCUCUUUUUUCCUCCCCACUUUAUGUUAUUCAUUCAUUGUAUUAUAUCAUUUUUAUUUUUGUUUUUUAUUUGUUAAUUUAUUUAUUAUUAUUUUGUUUGGUUUUGUUAGGAUUCACAAAGCUCAUUAAACAUGCUUUCAUAUGUGUGUGUGCUGCAAGGCCCUCCCAUACUGAGAUUAGCAGGCCUUUUUGAUCCUUUUCUUCUUUUCUUUGACCUGUAUCAUCAUCAUCAAACAAGUAUUUAUAAAGUCUUGUUAAUUAUUUUAUAAGAUUAUUAUUCCCUUUAAUCCCUCACCCCCCCUGUACCUAAUCCAUUCCUUCCAAACCUUUUUUUUUAAUCUAGUUUUUUCUAUUUUGAUUCUGAAAAGCAAGAUGAUAAUUCUUGUAUUUUUCUCAUUGACUUGUUGAUGUUUUGUCAGAAAAAGAGUCCUGCCUGAGUGUAAUUUCAUUUAUUUUUCCCCAGCUGUAAAAGAGAGAGACAUAGAGACAGAGACUGCAACAAAGACAGAGACAGAGAAAAUAAAAUAAAGGGAGAGAGAAAAAGAAAGUCACGACUUGAGUAACUGAGCUGAGUAAAAGAGAGAGAGGGAGAACGAGAGCGAGCGAGCGAGCGAACGAGCAAAAGAGAGAGCAAAUGAUUUUAUAUACUUUUUUAGAACUUCUGUACUGUUUUAGUCCAUUAUUUGUGUGUGUGUAUGUAGGCAUAUAUAUUUGUAAAUAUCAUUGUAUUUAUUUAUGCACACUAACAGACACAUACAUGCAUAUACAUAUACCCGGUAUCCCUCCUUUGCUGAAAAACACACACAUGUACAUGUCCUCCUACACAUGCUUGUACAUACUCAGGUACAGUUUGAUACAAACUUAUUCCCGCAUGUCCCAGCUAUCUAAGCCAACUUCUUGUUGAACUUAGUGUGGCUUUAACUAAGACAGGAAAGUGAAUGAUGAUACUUUAAUUUCAGAUGAGGAAUAGUAGUGGUUUAACUCAAAUUUCAGGCAGGGAAUAGGGUUACAUUCUUUUUUUCUUUUUCUUUUCUUUCUUUCUCCCCAAAGAUUAGGGUAAUGUCAUUCUAAUUUACUCAGCUUUCAGCAGAGUUUGGUUGUAGUUUCUACAAUUUUUUUCUUCUUUUUUUUAUUAAUAGGGUAACAUUACAGCAGUUUCAACCAGGAAGUGGGGUGGUUUUACUCAGAUUUCAGGCAUGCUGUAGGGUGAUGUUCCUGAAGUUUAAUUUUUUCUUCAAUGUGUAGGACAGUAACCACGCAAGAAAUAGAGUAGUUUUACUCAGAUCAUGGGUAGUAAAUAUAUUUAUUUUCCUCCAUAUAUAUAUAUAUUUUUUUUUUUCAUUUAUUUACUUUUUUAUAUACAGUAAUAAUGAUGAUAAUAAUAGUAAUGAAAUGUCACUCCAGUUUCAAGCCAGAUAUAUGAUGAGGAUAUUCUAGUUUCAGGCAGAAAAGUUCAAAUGAUGUCACCUGAAAUGGGAAUAAUAAGAUAAUGAUACUUCAUUACAGACAAGGCAUAGGGUCCAAGUAAAUUAUACCCAAUUAAAUUAAAUGAUUAGGAAGAAACAUUGAGUGUCCGAAGGAACAGAUCGUGUGUGUGUGUCAUUUUUCUGCCUUGGAUUUUAUCAUUUUUGUUAUUCAAACACUUUUUGAACCACAUGUAAUGUGUUUGUCACUUUGAGUUCCUAUAUCUCUCAUUUGGAAUGUAAGAUGAAGUCAGGGAAUGAGUGAAUGUAGGUCAAAUAUAUAUGUGUGUGUGUGUGUGUGUGUGUGCGUGCGUGUGUGUAUAAUCGUGUCUAAGUGUGUAUACAUGAUAUUUACUCAGUUACUCAUUCACCUCAUAAUCACUUAUUCUUACACAUACACGUUUAUGCUGUAUUUAUUGGUAUUGAUAUAUAUGUUGUGAAUCUUGUAUAGAUAAUUCUAUUGGUCCUCACAUGUCGAAUGAAAAGGUGCAAGAUUGGUGAAUUUAUUUUCACUCAGAUACUCAGAACACUGCCAAGAGUGUAAUUGUGCUUAGUGCUCGAUGAAUUUAGAGUGCUUUUUUUUAUCCUUUUAUGAGAAAAAAGACAGAUAAUCUUUUAUGGCUGCUUUUGUUUAUUGUUUUGUUUUUGUACUAAUUAUUGAUAAGUAGAACCCCUAUAACUUGAUCCUGUUUCACUUACAAUAUUAUUUAUACCAUAAUUCACACAUACCAAUCCCUCAACCUCAUCCCUCUCCCCUCGACCUGAUCUUUUAUUACUCAUACCAAUUCCAUUUUAUGUAUUUUUAUCUCCAUCUUCACAACUGUCGUCUCCAUUCCUUCCAGCUGAGAAGGAGAAAAAAAUUGUGAUUUCAAAAGUUAUAUAGAUCACGGAGAAAAUAUAGUGAGAUUUCUUUACUUAUGUGUCUAUUACAUUUGGACAGUUGUCAUGGUAAUGUUUGUAAUGUUGCUAUGCUUACCCAUGUUCUAUCAUUUUGCCUGUCAGUUUCAUUAGGAAUGUGCUGUGUAUACAAUUUUGGUAUUAAUUUAUUUCUGUGUGACUGACGGUAAGGGAGGUAAAAGCAAGCACAGACGUAUGGUUAUAUGCAUAGGAUUUUAUGUGGCAAAGCAAGCAUAUAUAUAUAUAUAUACAUAUAUAUAUUAUUUUUUUAUGGUCUACAGGGUCAUUUUUAUUGAAAUGAAUAUCACAGGCUGUAAAUCAGAGAUGAAAUUUGUUACAGGAGCAUUAUAUGCCUGGCUGCUCAGAAGGACCUCUUGUACACCAUUAUUUAAUGACAGCUUCUUCAGUCAAUAAAAUUUACAAUCCCUU